UCUUGUGGCUGGCGAGGGGGAGGCGCCUGCUCAGAUACCAGGCAGCCAGGAGGUCACUGGGCCUGUGGGCAGAGGUGCUGACCACAAAUGCUUCCACCGGCCCUCGUAGACUGACGCUUCCGGAGGAUGCUGAGGCUGAGCUGAGCGGGCCCUGCGGAGCCACCCAGAGAGUGGGGACCAUGGAGCAGCUGCAAGCUCUGAGCCCCGUCCUCUGCAUUGUCCUCCUCAUCCCCGCCUGGACAGCAGCUGUCGCAGAAAUUCCAGUUGGUUGCAAGAGAGAGCCGAACCCAAAUGUGGGAGCAUCUGGCCAGAAACCAGCUAGUCUGAAAAUUUCUCAGGAGCCCAGAUCCCUCCACGCCACAGCUGGGGAGAACGUGACCCUGAGCUGCACCUUCCAGAGCAGAUAUGGCAGCAGAGCCAAGGUGCUUUGGUUCAGGGGCUCUGGAGAAGACGUGGUGCUGGAUGCUAACCACCCCUUCUACCAGGGGCGACUCCAUGUGUCCAGGCUGGAUGAGAUCAGUAAGGGGAAGGCGACGCUGACGCUGUCUAAACUGGACAAGAGAGACUCUGGCCUCUAUCAGUGCUGCAUCGAAAUCCACAAUGAGACGACAGGGAUGGGAGGAGGCACCAAUCUAACAGUGAUGAGGAGAAACCAGAGUGUGACUGAGGACAGAAAGGAAAUGAAGCUGGACGCCAGCACAGAACUCACCAUCUACAGAGCCACGAUUGCUCUGGCAGGCGUCAGCAUCAUCAUCUUAGUUACCGCCCUCCUGCUGCGCAGACGCACAGCAGCCUCCCCAGACACCCAACAGCAGCAGCCGGCAAAGGGGCACAGCAGAGCUGGUGGUAACGCGAGCAAGGAUCUGCACUACGCUGAGAUCACUUUCAAGGCUCCGGCUCACACAGAAUAUGCUUCCGUCCGGACCCAGCGGCUCUGAAGAGUCAGAUCUGACUGUGAAGCAAAGGGAGAUGCAGGGAAUGGCAGGAGAUCCCUUCAUCACACAACCUUGGAGGCGUCUCCCACAGUUAGUGCUGUCUAUGCACAAAGCCUGUUGCUUCUGGACAGUUACUUACAGAUGACCGUAGUGAUAGAUGUGUGAGGCUUUGGGCCAGAUCCCCAGCUGGUGUCAAUCAGCCGCUCCUCUGGGGAUGUUGAUGGGAUCAGAACCCCAGCUGGUGUGAAUUGGUGUCACUCCUCUCAGCAAGAGGGGAGGUACAGUUCAGCCCAGGAACCUGGCCCACAGAAAACUUCCAAGUGGUGCCCAUGGGAGUUGUAAUUCAGGUACCACAUUCUCUAUGGGCAUGCUCUUUGGAAGAACUACAUCUCCCAUGAUGCACCAUGUUCUCUUCUCUGGAUGAGGGGUGGGUGUUAUAGGAGUCCCUAGCAGGGAUGCAUCAUAGAAGAUCCACUCUGGCCCAAAGAGAACAAGGCCCUGGAAUGACAACUCCUACACGGCCCUGCUUUGAAUCAAAACAAUUCAGUUUUUGAGAUUUCGCCCCAACAUUGAAAUUCUCUGCAGAAAACAAUCAAUGAUAGUGUAAAAUGUAAUGUGUUGAAAUUUUCCAUGGGGGG